AUGACUUCACUUUCACUCUCAACUAACCUCACUCUGUACCCCAAUCUCACAUUUCUCCAAUCCCACUAUCCAAACAGACCCCAAAGAAUCACCUUCCCUUUGAAGAAGUUGAAAACCCAGAUAGGCUGCUCCGCCACAGGUCAACAAAGACCCCCCAAAAAGAAGAAAACCCCUUCCGACGAGAAAGGCGUCGACCCAGUUGGCUUCCUCUCCAAAUUCGACAUUUCCCAUAAGCAAUUCGCUCAGUUCCUCCGUGAAAGACACAAAGCCAUGAAGGAGCUGACAGAUGAAAUAUUGAAUCGGCACAUCAACCUCAGGGAUAUGUCUUCUGGAUAUGAGAUAUUGGGUUUGCACCGACACCCAGAACAUAGAGUGGAUUAUAUGGAGUGGGCUCCAGGUGCUCGCUACUGCGCACUGGUUGGUGAUUUCAAUGGAUGGUCUCCCACAGAGAACUGUGCAAAAGAGGGUCAUUUUGGACAUGAUGACUAUGGAUACUGGUUCAUCAUUCUUGAAGAUAAGUUGAGGAAUGGAGAGCAACCAGAUGAGCUGUACUUUCAGCAGUAUAACUAUGUAGAUGAUUAUGAUAAAGGUGACAGUGGUGUGACCAUUGAAGAAGUCUUUAAGAAAGCAAAUGAUGAGUAUUGGGAACCCGGAGAAGACCGGUUUCUAAAAAACCGUUUAGAAGUACCAGCAAAGUUGUAUGAGCAGAUUUUUGGGCCUAAUGGACCUCAAACGUUAGAGGAACUUGAAGAAAUACCAGAUGCAGAAACAAGAUACAAAGCGUGGAAAGAACAGCAUAAAGAUGACCCGCCUAGUAACUUACCUUCUUAUGAUGUGAUUGACAGUGGAAAAGAGUAUGACAUUUACAAUGUUGUGCUUGAUCCAGUAUCAGUAGAGAAAUUUAAAACAAAGAAGCCUCCCUUGCCAUAUUGGUUCGAGACACGUAAGGGAAGGAAGGCAUGGUUGAAAAAGUAUAGGCCGUGCAUUCCUCAUGGGAGCAAGUACAGGGUCUAUUUUAACACUCCUAGUGGGCCACUGGAACGAGUACCUGCUUGGGCAACUUAUGUGGAACCAGACGCAGAUGGAGGACAAGCUUUUGCAAUCCACUGGGAACCACCCCCAGAAAUUGCAUACAAAUGGAAGAACGCACGCCCUAAAGUGCCAAAGUCCCUGCGCAUUUAUGAAUGCCAUGUUGGCAUAAGUGGAUCAGAGCCUAAAGUAUCUUCUUUCAGUGAUUUCACAGAGAAGGUUCUUCCUCAUGUCAAGGAGGCUGGCUAUAAUGCAAUUCAGCUGAUUGGAGUUAUUGAGCACAAAGAUUAUUUCACUGUUGGUUAUAGAGCCACUAAUUUAUAUGCUGUUAGCAGCCGAUUUGGCACCCCUGAUGAUUUCAAGCGUUUGGUUGAUGAAGCACAUGGACAAGGACUGCUGGUCUUCUUGGAGAUUGUCCAUUCCUACUCAGCUGCAGAUGAGAUGGUUGGAUUAGCGCUUUUCGAUGGAACAAAUGACUGCUACUUCCACACUGGCAAAAGGGGACAUCAUAAGCACUGGGGUACCAGAAUGUUUAAAUAUGGUGAUCUUGAUGUUUUGCAUUUCCUUCUCUCGAAUUUGAACUGGUGGAUUACAGAGUACCAAGUUGAUGGUUUUCAGUUCCAUUCACUCUCAUCAAUGAUGUAUACACAUAAUGGCUUUGCUUCGUUUACUGGUGACUUGGAGGAGUACUGCAAUCAAUAUGUUGAUAGGGAUGCAUUGUUAUACCUCAUGUUAGCAAACGAGAUACUUCAUGCUCUCCACCCAGAUAUAAUAACAAUUGGUGAAGAUGCAACCUUCUAUCCAGGUCUAUGUGAACCAAUCUCUCAAGGCGGAUUGGGCUUUGAUUAUUGCGUCAAUCUUUCUGUGUCAGAGAUGUGGUCAUCUUUCCUUGAGAAUGUUCCGGACCAUGAUUGGAGCAUGAGUAAGAUUGUGAGCGCAUUAAUGGGCAACAAAAACUAUGCGGAUAAGAUGCUCAUGUAUGCUGAAAAUCAUAACCAGUCAAUCUCUGGAGGGAGAUCCUUUGCUGAGAUACUGUUUGGUGAAAUCAGGGAGGCCUCUCCUGACAAGGAGAAAUUAUUGCUCCGAGGUUGUUCCUUGCACAAGAUGAUUAGAUUAAUUACCAUGACAAUUGGUGGCCGUGCUUAUCUCAACUUCAUGGGCAAUGAAUUUGGGCAUCCAGAGAGGGUUGAGUUCCCAAUGCCAAGCAACAAUUUCUCGUUUUCACUUGCCAAGCGAAGGUGGGAUCUUCUUGCCAAUGAGGGAUUGCAUCGCGACUUGUUUGCCUUCGAUAAGGACUUGAUGAAGUUGGAUGAAAAUGAAAGAAUACUUGCAAGAGUUUUACCCAGCAUUCACCAUGUGAAUGACAAUAGCAUGGUAAUUGCUUAUAUCAGAGGGCCUCUUCUCCUCGUAUUUAACUUCCAUCCAACAGAUUCUUAUGAAGGAUACCAAAUAGGUGUAGAAGAAGCUGGAGAGUAUCAACUUGUACUAAAUACGGAUGAAAGAAAGUACGGAGGUCAGGGGCUUAUGAAGGAUGACCAAUAUUCUAGGACAACUACUAGUCAAAGAACUGAUGGCCUCCGAAACAGCUUAGAAGUUCCUCUGCCUAGUAGGACUGCCCAGGUUUACAAAUUGAGUCGGAUUUUAAGAAUAUAAAUAGUUCACUCUGAAAUAACCUGCAUGCAGACUUCAAAGAAUGAAACAUAAUACAUCAUGAAGCUACAUAGGCUAUGUAGUUAGUUAUUCAGCACUUCCCUAAGUGGUGUGAUGGGAAGAUCAUAUGUUAACAAGGAGAUUCAGAGGUUUGAAAGGUUGUUGCUUGGUUUAUCUAAGCGUCGCAAUUGUCACGGCUGUUCUUUUGGAAGAGUUGGGACGAUCUGAUUUCCCCCCGAAGUGCACUCACGGAACUGA